GGGAAAAUUUCUAUUCAAUUCAAGGACUGCUCGAAAUUUAGGUCCGGGAGGAGCGAUUCGCGCGCGCGCAUGAGACAUCCAUCGGUCUCUCACUGUUUGAAUUGACUGUUUGUUACUGGGGUCGCCGCCACGCCACACCCAACAAGAGAAGGGAUCGAUCCAUCUCGAGCUAGGGAUGGUCUGCUGCUAGAAUCGGAGGAUUUCCAGAGAGAAUGGCGACCAGUCGAGCCGUGGUGUCGGGUAAUCUAGCGCUCGCGCGGCGGCCCAGCUGCUCAUCCAGCGCCUGUGGCGAGAGGGUUGUGAGCGUGAGGGUUGGGCGAGGGCGAGGGAUUCGAUGCGAGGCGGCGGAGAACAAGAGCGCCAAUGUGGCUGUGGAGCCAGAGGGCAGCUUCGAUUCCAAGAUCUUUCGCAAGAAUUUGAUGAGGAGCGACAAUUACAACCGGAGUGGAUUUGGCUACAAGAAGGAGACGCUCGAGAGGCUGGAUCAAGAAUACAACACAAGUGACAUGCUUAAGUCGCUCAAGGAGAACGAUUACUCGUACACUUGGGGAGAUGUCACGGUGAAACUUGCAAAUUCCUAUGGAUUUUGCUGGGGAGUGGAGCGUGCCGUGCAAAUAGCAUACGAAGCACGUAAACAGUUCCCGGAUCAGCAUAUCUGGAUCACCAACGAAAUCAUUCACAAUCCUACCGUGAACCAGAAACUGGAGGAGAUGGAAAUUAAGAUGAUCCCUGUGGAGGACAAAGUCAAAGAUUUUAGCGUGGUGAAAGAGAAAGACGUCGUUGUGUUCCCAGCAUUUGGUGCUACUGUCCAAGAGAUGCAGCUCCUCGCUGAAAAAAAAGUCCAAAUCGUCGACACUACAUGCCCGUGGGUAGCAAAGGUUUGGAACUCGGUGGAAAAGCACAAGAAAUCCUCAUAUACUUCCGUGAUCCAUGGAAAGUAUGCUCACGAGGAGACUGUUGCGACUGCUUCAUUUGCUGGGAAAUAUAUUAUCGUCAAGAACAUGAAAGAGGCUACAUACGUGUGCGACUACAUUCUCGGUGGAAAGCUCGAUGGCUCCAGUGGAACUAAGGAAGAGCUGUUGGAGAAAUUUAAAUACGCAACCUCCAAAGGCUUUGAUCCGGACGAAGAUCUCGUCAGGGUCGGGAUUGCGAAUCAGACGACGAUGCUUAAAGGGGAAACAGAAGAUAUUGGGAAGCUACUCCAGAGGACGAUGAUGCAAAAGUAUGGAGUGGAGAACACAAACGAUCACUUCAUGAGCUUCAACACAAUUUGUGACGCUACUCAGGAGCGGCAAGAUGCGAUGUUCACGCUGGUGAAAGAGAAGCUCGACCUCCUUAUCGUCGUCGGUGGCUGGAACUCAAGCAACACGUCGCAUCUCCAAGAGAUUGGAGAGAUCAACAACAUCCCCUCUUACUGGAUCGACACUGAAGAACGGAUCGGUCCCGGAAACAAAAUCGCUUACAGGCUCAACCAUGGAGAGCUUGUCGAGAAGGAGAACUGGCUCCCAACUGGAUCCGUGACAAUCGGUAUCACAUCAGGUGCUUCCACACCCGACAAGGUCGUGGAGGACGUUCUAAAGCAGGUAUUCCAGCUGAAAAAGCAAGAAGCGCUGCUGUGAUUUUCCAUGGUCUUGUAACUCCAAAGCCUGCAAACGUAUGGGCAUUUCUCAGAAUUCGAUUGUAUUAUUUUCAUAAUGAGAGAAUUUCCAAGUAUAAAUUCAUCCGAGUUU